GUACUGAUAGCCGAAUUGUUUAACCACUGGGGCUUAGACGGGUUCCUUCAGCACGUGAAGGAUGUGCGGCAGUUUUACCAAGGCAAACGGGACGCCAUCUUGCUGGCGGCAGAGAAACAUCUUACUGGCCUCUGUGAAUGGAAUGUCCCUCAAGGUGGAAUGUUUCUGUGGAUUAAGGUGCUGGGAGUGAAGGACACGGAGGACAUGCUGCUGGAGCGAGGUGCAGCCAGACACGUCCUUCUGGUUCCCGGGAAGGGCUUCACCACCAAGUUCCAUAGUCCUUGCCAGUACAUGCGGGCUUCCUACUCCACCGUCACUGCAGAACAGAUGGAUAAAGCCUUCAGAAUUCUUGCGGAGGUGAUAAGAGAAGAAAUGCAACAGCCUUAACAAAAAGAUUUUUAGCUGCAUUUUCUUUCUAAUUUCAAGCAAAUCAUAGAAAAAGACUAGUUUUAUAUCCACGUUUGUUAUUCAAAUCGAUUCAAUGGAUUGAAAUAUAGGGUGGGUUUUUGGUAAAUAUUUUAAAGGUGAAUCGCUUCCUGUGACCCUACUGUAACUAUUUUUUCUAUGAGAUGUAUUUUGUCAUCUAUAUAUAUAGUGUAGUUCAGAAAGGUCGCGAAAAUAAGAUGACUUGUACAGACUGUAAUUGUGAAACAGAUGUAAAUUAUCGGUAGUAUUUGAGUCAAUAAAU